CAUUGCUUAAUGUGACUGUGACAUUUAAAUAGGCGUGUCUGUUGAUACCUAGUUAGACGGGUUGCCUGUGUAGCCGGAUUACUUUUCUGUGCUAAUGUAUUUCUGAAAGUAUUCCAUAAGCUGGCAUACCACCAAUGGAAAAGAGCACCGAAGAAUCGCAGUUAGUUAAAGGGAUACCCCUUAAAGUUGUUGACUUAGCUCGUGAAUGUAAAAAAGGUGUCGUAGCCUCGACUCUGCAGGAAUUAAUAAGUCGAGCUCGUGGAAAACUUGGUGUCCCUGACAAUGUUCCAGUCAAAAUUGUGUUGGAACAAGAUGGAACAGAAGUUGAUGACGAUGAGUACUUCAGUACAGUGGAAAAGAAUACUGUUGUAAUGCUACUGAAGAAUGAUGAAAAAUGGUUACCACCUGGAAAAUUCCACAGAGUAAGACGAAUCUCAGAUGAAACAGAUGGACCAAGGUUUGGCCCUAAGGACAAGGAACUUAGUAGUUUGGUCGAUAGACUGCAAGGAGAUCUGACUCACAUUUCGAUGUUAGGUGGAAGAGAAUUGGAGCUGUUGAGUAACAUGGAUCCUGAAAGUCUGAUAGACAUUUUUCCUGAAAGUGAAAUAUUUUUGGUGCAACUGAAGGAAGCAAGUGGAAGAUUCUUAUCAGAGAAACGGCAGGCUCAAGAGGCCCUAGAAUUGCUCAAAUUGUAUCGUGGAGGGCAGCAGGAGGAAGUGGUACAAGUCAAGAAAGAAAAAGUGUAAGAUUGUUCUAUCCUGCAUGGAAUAUUUAUCAGCCACUCCCACAGCAGUAGCUAUAAAGUUAUUGUCUGCUUUAUUGUUCUCUAACAUAUCAGUGUCUUGAAUUAAAAUUAAGAUAUUUCUUGUUUUCCAAAUUAAGUUAUAGAUGUAAUGGUAUGUGCAUGUCUAACAUAAGACUAUUAGUUUAAAUUAAUAAUUGUAAUUUAUCUGCAAAUUUAGGAUUGCUGUGCAGUAUGUCCAGAGUAGUAUUGAGAUUUGUUGUAUAACUGUGCAACAAUAGGAAAAAAAAUUAAAACACAACCUGACCGCACACUGCCAGAAACCUGUAACAGAUACAAAGUUCAUGGAUUUGCACAAUAUUUGAUAUUGACAGGAUUUCCCCACUAGCUGGAUAGGCUCUGUGUCUUUGUUCAUUGUUAAUAUCAUCAGUAGUAGUGAAUGCUCAGGUAAAAUGCAUUGUAUGCAAUUAUAUUGUUAGGAUUUUACAAUCUGAAUCUGAAUUUUUAAUCUUUAAUACAAGCAUUAAGGAAAGUUCUUUGAUGGUUGGGAGUUUUAAUAUGGUCAGAUAACUGCAGAAUGAAAAUUAGCAUAAAAUUUGUGACAUGAUAUUGCUCUGGUGGAAAGUAUUUUUAUUGGUAAGGAGUUGCUGUUAAUGAUUUUUUGAGUAGGCAACAGAUAAUGAUGAUAUGUAUAUCUUUGGGUCUGUAUUUGAUGUAAUAAAAUAGCGAAAAGAAAGAAAACCAAAAGAUUGCCAAAGUCUGCAAUAUUAAUUUCUGUUGACAGCAUAGAAAAUUUUCCUGAAUGGCCAGGUGUUAUAUGUGCUGUGACAGAUAUUGUACAGAUCAUUCAGUAAAUGACUAGAGAUUUUUAUCACAAACAUUUAUUAUGUGGAUACAAAAGGCUUAUGGUAACAAAUUUACAAUCAUAGUUUUAACUGAAAUGAAGAAAGACUGAAAAAGGCUCAUUUUUAAAAGUAAUUCGUUCAUAACUAAGGCAACUAGUGAAAAUACAUUGACUUUAAAAGCUGUGAACUGAACUAUUAGCUUCUACCUAUUCAGACAGCUCAAUUAAAUUUAAACUUAACACAUGAUCUAUAAAGUAAUUCAGGUUUCUAUUUUACUUUAAUCACUCAUUGUAUAAAAUUAUUAACUAAUUGAAGCUCAUUUCUCAUAUACCACUGUGUAUAAAAUACUAUUGUUGAUUUGAACACUUACGCUCACAAAACUGGAGUUAUAAACAAAUUCAAAUACUGCAAGACUGACUGACAUUGAGGAUAGUAAACAGUUCAUUGCUCAAAUCUCAAUAAACUUACGGAUCUACUUUUAUACAAAUGUGAACGUAAUUUUGGCCUUUGAAAAGUAUUUCAUAACAUCAUUGUUCAUAAGACCUGUAGUAGUUGCAUCACUAUGAAUGAAUGGAGUGAUAUGCAGUUUUAUGAUAAGGAUAGUUACAGGAAUUGUAGUUAUGGAGAAAAUGACGUAGAGAUGUAUAUUUUAGAAUACUGUUAAGCACAAUGUUGUGAAAUGAUUCAUCUUGGCUGGAUCCAAUUUACUUGUUCUGAUUGAAUCAUUGAAACAGUAGUUAGAAGGGGACAAUACAUUUGAAAAUACUUCAUGGUGCCUGGAGUAGGGAAAAGAAAUUAUGAAUGGUUUGGAAGAGUAGCUAUUUUGUGAGAUCCAUACCUUUUUCUGCAUUUAAUGGAAUGUGUGUACUAAAGCUGCUAGGAUAAGAGGUAGCUUUCUCCUUCUCCAUGGCUCCUUUGUGCAAUUUAUUAAUUGUGCAUCUUUUUGAAAAUGAAAUAUGCCGUGCAUAAUAAGUAAGGCAUAUAUAAGUUACAUCUCAUUACCACUGCCAAACUUAAAUUCACUUUUCAACUUCAGAUUAUUUAUUUUGUAAACUUAAAUGCACUUUAUAAGAUGGGGUAACAUUGCUCUUAACUGGAUGCCUCUUUGUGUGAAAGUACUAAAAGUGGCAUUCAAAAAUAGUAUCUAAACUUAUUUUCCUUUAUCCUUGGAAUAUUUAGUUUUCUGGCCAAAAGCAUAAAGUAUAUAAUUCCAGGGGUGACAGCAAUUUUUCUUUUUUCCAAAAACAUUGAUGGUUUUUUGUGGAAGUACUGUGAAUUCCUCUAAAUGCCUUCUAAAACAGUGAUACAAAUAGUAUAUUACAUGUUAAACCAUAAGCAGAAAACUAGAUUAGAAAUAAUAUAAAAGAUAUAUGAAAAUUGGUUUAUACUGGAACAUAUAGAUAUGUAUACACAUUUAGCUUCAUGCUAACAAUUAUGGAAAUAGCUUGAAGAAUAUGGAGCUAUGUAUAAUGACUGCACUGCUAUUUGGCAAAAUGAAGUGGAAAAAUAGUUGCUCAGAGAACUGAAAGGAAAUGGAUAAUCGGUAGAUUAAAUAUUUCUGUUACUGCCUGCCCUGAAGUUAAUAUUGAUAAAAAUGCUGUUGAUGUGAUGUGUCUAACAUAGUUACAGAUGCACAUUAGAAAUAUGUAGUUAGGUGCUGUAAUAAAGGGUACCUCUAUACCUGUUCUGUAAGUGGUAAUAAUUUGGUUUGUACUAUUUUUCAUCAAGACUUAGUUAUUUAUACUUUAUCGUAGCAGCAUUCUAAAAGUGACUGAGCUAUAACAUGGAAGAAUGCAUAUGGUUGCAUCCACAGUUUGUCUAAUGGUUCUCCAUUAAUUUAAAUCACAACCCCGGAGUAACUUGCCUGUGGUUUAUGCAAAAUUUAAAACACUUGUAGUUUCAUAAAUCUCACCCCCUCCUUUCCCCUCUUUGCCACCCCCACCACCACCACCACCACCACCACCACCACCACCCACAUUAAUAUACACCUUCUAUUUUAUUAUUUGUUGUGUAUGUCCUCCUCCUCCAACUCUUCCUCUUUCCCAUCGUUGUUGUAUCUCCUGCAAUGAAAUUUGUGACAGCAUAUUUUUUGUAAUUGCAGAAGGUCCGUGAGUGUUGGUGAAAUAUAUUUUCUGAGAAGAUACAUGGCCAAAUAAAAUUUUAAUGAUAAAUUAGCUGCAUUUAUACCACAUUGCCAGAAACUUCACUGAAAACAGGUUAUUUAAGUUUUACUUUUCUUGUAAGAAAUAUGCAUGGUGAAUUUCCUGAUGAAAUUGAACAAUUUUGAAUAGUAAUUGGGUACCAGAUCAUUCACUAUCAAUAUGAAGUAUUGAGUGGUUGAUGGUCAUCUGAAAGGGUCAUGAAACAGUAUUCAAGUAGAAGAGAAAGUGUCAUAAAAAAGACAAGAUAAAUAAAAAUAUUGGUGAAAGGCAAAAAUAACAGUAACAAGGAAACAUCAGAAAAGUUUGGAGGCAAAAGAGUGUACAGUAUGACAGGAAAGUUACCUAUCCUCCAAGCACUUUUCUUGUCACCUAGCUUGCAAUUCUGCCCCUUUUUUUCUUAGGGCGUUUCCUGCACAGCAAUUGAAAUUUCUCUGUUCCCUUCCCUCUCCUCACCCUAUGCACUUGUGAAUGUGUACAGGCAUCCUUACCAAUCCUAAAAAGAAGUUUGGAAGCAUUACUGAUCAUUCCUCCUCCUCCUCCUCCUCCUCCUCCUCUUUCUCCUCUUGGCAUGCCUGUCUGCCACUCAGCACUUUGUCCCAAAGACCACUAGUGGACUGUCCUCUCAUUCACUGUUUUAAUCAUAAAAAAAGCUUUAAAAAUGACUGAAAUGGUAGAAAUAGAAAAUAUGUGGGCAAGUCAUCCAGAAGUCAUACUAUUUAAUUGUUUCAUUACAAUGAGGAAUAUCAUGAGAAGAUGCAUUCUUUAACAAUGAUUGACCAUGGGGGACUGUGCAAGUAUGUGGGAAAACAGUUCUAAAAGUUGUGAACUCUACUAUGUUCUGUAUGCCGCCUGCUCUUGUCAAGUAAUUGUGCUUGAAAUAUAAACAAAUUUUUUAAACAUCCAAAUAUUAUUUGGCUCAAAGAAGGUGGCCUAUCCAAAGGAAAGGUACACUUUCAUGUGCAGUAAUUGAUCAUGGGAUCAUAUGGGUCUGUAUUUGAUGUAAUAAAAUAGUGAAAAGGAAGAAAACCAAAAGAUUGCCAAAGUCUGCAAUGUAAGUGAAGUACCGUCAUUACCUCUUGGCUGUUAUCAGAUAAUUUCAAUCGUUUGUAGUUAGAUUCUAAACUGUGAACAAUUCUGAAAGAAAGUAAGAUCUUUAGGGCAACACCUUAAGAAUUUACACAGGAUAUUCAUAGCAUUUUAUGGAUAGAAAUAAACAAAAGAAUUUUUUGGCACUUCAGUUCACUUUGUGUAUAUUUUACUUCCCAUAAAAGGUUAGUUAAUAAGUAUUCUUAGCUCAGUGACAUGGAACAUUGUCAUCUAGAAACUUGCUAUCAGUGGUAGGACAUACAAAUCACCAAAAAGUUGAAUGUAAAGACUUCAGUAUUGAUUCAGUUUCACCAGCAGUCUUUAACCAUAAGUGGAAUCCAUCCUGUACGACUUUGGAGAAUCAGUAUAUUGCAAGGUGCAGUGGAGACAAUUUGGGAGUGCACCAUGUAUAUUGCUCAUUGGUGAAUAUACUUGAGUUUAUGAAGAGGUGCAUGAGGUGAUAUAGAAGUUUGUAAUCAAACUCUGAUAAGUGUCAUUGUGUAGACAUAAUCUUAUUAGGAGGCAUUUCAGAAAAUAUGCAAAGAUCAUGUGAAAUAACUGUUAUGCUCUGUUUAUGUAUACAGCUUUCAUGUUAUUCCAGUGGCUCUUGACUAUUAUAGUUGACUAUUAUUUCUGACUCAUGAUUUUAUACAUUUGGCUCUGUAAAGAAACUGAAGUCCAAGGCAAAAAGGUAAAUGUGUUAGACUUUUUUGUUGAAACUAAAAGAAAACCUCACUAUAAGAAAUUUUUUUCCGUGUCUUGUUUUGAAAGAUAUUAGCUGUCUGAAAUGAGACAGUUUCUUUGUUUCUUACAUCAAGUCACUACUCCCUCACCUUUUUCAAACUUGAUAUGUUCUCAGUGUUACAUUUUAUUCAUCUUUCUUACAUUUAUGCAUUUUGCCUGGUUCUAAGUGAAACUUACUAAAUGAUUAACAGUACUAAUUUUAAAUACUGUUGAGCAAUUAGUGUAAAUAUGUAAAGAGUUAAAUACAAUACCUAUUGCUUGGGUGUUAUAUGAAAAGUAAUGCUGUCAUGUAACAUUUUACUGUAUGCUACUUCUCAUUGGAAUUGUAGUGUGUGAAAGAUGGCUUUCUUAAAAAUAUUUUGUGUCCAUAUCUAAAAUUCCUUCAAGUAUUGUAUACCAAAACACACAGAAAAUGUAUUUGUUCAACAUAAGAAACAAUUAUUUCCGAGCAGGUAUGAAUAUAGAAAUUAAAAGUGUGGUGGGAGCUUGGGUGCAGAGAGAGUCUCAGAGGAAAACUAAUUGGGAGUUAUUUGAAAAUCAAUAAUAUUUUUUGCAACACGGACAAACUAUUGUUGUUCACAUAGGAAAAUGGAUCAGCUUUCUGUUUGCAUUUUCAUCUUGUAAAGGCAGUAUACUUAAAACAUUGCAAAAUCAUAACAAUUAAACUUUUAUAGUACAAUGUUAUGACGGCAGAAGAUAAACAGCAGUUUGGAAGAAUAUUUGCUGAGUAUAACUGGAGCAAACAAUGAUUAAUAAUUGUAUUCUGUGACAAAAGUUUGAUACGAGCAGUGAAAUUGUGUUUCUUGGUUUGUCAUAAGUAUUGCCAUAGAAUACACUGGAGAGCUUGUUAUGCAGGUUAAACUUAAAGCUACAGUGGCACUAUGUCAGUUUUAUGUGGGAAGAACAAUUUUCAAGGUUUCAGUGUAUGACUUUAUUUUUGAAAGAAAACGUACCUGUUCAGCGGGAUAUCAUUGCAUUAUGAUGUCAAUAUCAAAGUAAUGUCUGACAUGUUUCUUGAAUUCAGAACAACAACAUACUCCAUAAUCUGGCAAAAACCAUCAUAGCAGUUUAUCAAAACCUCCGCCUCUCAAGGAGAACCAUAAGUUUGUAUGUAUGUAUGUAUUUAUUUAUUCACACACAAAAAAUUUCAAUUUUGGGUCACUCCUAUAAACACACAUUUUGUGAUUGUUUAUUUGGAAUCUAUUUCAUACAUAAUUGUUGUAAGCUACAUUAUCUCUAAAACAUAUUUGAAAUAUACUCUUUGUUGUGCAUGCAGCAUGUCAUAAGUUGCAAUUUUAAAAACUGAUUGUAUUAAUAUAUGUACAGUGAAAAACAUGUAAUAUUUGUAUCACCUUCAUUAUUGGAAAGAACAUUGUAAUGUUCUAAUAUUGAGUGCAUUAGAAACAUUCUUUCAGAGUGUAUCAUGUUACUGUAACCUCUAAAUUGUAAGAGUGGCUAAUGUCAGGAGCACCUAUACUAGAGCUAUUGGAUGUAAACUUUAUAAUACCUCUGAUUAAAUACUGUUUGUUUUGUA